UUUGCUUCAAAGCCUGGCGCUCUUCCUGUAUCAAGUUUUCUUUAUACAUCCAUGGCAUGGAUGUGGAAGCGAAGAAGUGGAACUUUUUUAUCUUCAUGCGCCACUAAGCAACUUUCGUCCUGCAGAGGGCAGUAAUAUGCCUAGUAGCGCCAUACUGCCGAAAUGUUACAAGAAGAAGAAGAAGAAGAGCAACUUUGGUAGGAAUGAACCAUGGAAUGAACGGGCCCCGCCCGCUUCCGACGGUGGAGCCACCAUGAUCCAGUUCCCUUUAUACAUCCAUGGGAAGCAUGGAUGCAUAUAUAAAUCCAUGGUGGGAAGAGGAACUGCUCCUAUGUAGUUAUAAAGGGCUCAUUCUAAGGUGCUGUACUGUUGUUUGCUAGCCUGCAGCUACAAUAGCAGUCAGUAAACGGGGUUAGAGCGCUUGCUUGCUGUCACAUUUUGUGGUAUCGGUCACUGUUUAGCUACUUAGCUUGCUACCGAAAAGCACAUGGAUCCUCAAAACACCAACAUGAACACUGAGGCAAAGAAGUUGCUGAACCACGCUAAGACUCUCAGGCUUCACACCGGGAACUUAGUCAACCGAAGUCGUCUGAAAAAGAAGUGUCCAUGCUCGCCCAGCGAAGAGCUUCAAGACUGCAUUCAAGCCACACUGAGCGACUGGUUUUCCACAUCAAAACCGCCAUCUGAGGUCCUUCCAGACACUCUGGACUGUUCCAUUCCCCAGGCAACAGACGCUAUCACGCCCGAAGAGAGAGAAGAGCUGAAGGUUUCAGUCAAGCUGUUCUUGUGUGAGUCGGGUCAGUCCUCCAUCAGAGAUGCAGUGGAGAUGGCCUGUCAGACACUGGCAGUGUCCCAGCUUGACUCUGUUAUCAUAGCGCCACCUGGGCCCCUGGAGGGUGACAGCCAACCUUUGGCCCACCUUCAGCCAGCCUGGGAGGAGCUGGAGGCUCUGGUCAGAAGCCAGAGGAUUGCAGCAAUUGGCACCUCUGACCUGGACAAAGAUCUGCUGGAACAGCUCUACAACUGGGCUCAGGUGAAGCCCAGCAGUAACCAGGUCAACCUGGCCUCCUGCUGUGUGAUGCCUCCUGACCUGACAGCCUUCGCUAAGGAGUUUGACAUCCAGCUGCUCACACACAAUGACCCCAAAGAGCUGAUGUCGGCAGCCACAUUCCAGGAGGCGGUGCAGGAGGGAACGCAGGACCUGAAAAUCGCCGACUGGAGGCUUGAGUGGGUCCUGCGCUACUCCAUUAUUGUCAAGAGCAGGGGCAUCAUCAAGGCUAAGGGCUACCUCGUCAGUGCGAGGAAGGCGACCCCCUAGCACACCUCAUCAGAGAAGAAGACACAGGGAUGAAGCCAUUUUCCUCCUUUUUCAUUCACACACAUAAAACAUGCAAAGUAACGGAAUAAUGAAUGCUGCCAAUCACCAUGGGUCUUGAAAUCAUUAUUUUAUCUUACAAAUAAGGUUGCAUCCUGAUCAUCUAUGAUUUCUUCAGUUUAACAGAUGCAGGUAUUCAUUACCAUCGUUUCUGUGAGAUCAAAAACAGGAGAUGGACAUGCAAGAUCAACUCCAGUGUCAGUUUGAACGAACAGACUGCAGGAUGAGAGUGAAAGUGAGAGUUUCACAGAUGGUGGCUCUCUCCAAGACCAGUGCUUUGAUAGCAUAGCCAUUUAUCAACACAGCAGAGGCUGUUUUUAAUGAUGGAAAAUUAAGGUUGCUGAACUUUUUUUAAACAAGGUGGCUCCUUAUCCUUGCUCUGAUGUGAAGUGCCUCUCAGCUCUUGCUCCUCCUAUCCUCAUACCUGCUUUGUCUCCACUGUGUCUGUGUGAAUCAAGCUUUAAAUAUAUCAGUCUGAAUGAAAAGAUAACAAGUAGGAAAAGCAAAAAGAAAAAGGUAUAGAUUUAUUGUUUUUUAGUACAUAAUUAUCAGAUUUUAUUCUUGCAAUUUUGACUUUUCCAGCUGUAUAUAAGACCAUUUGCAUUCCUCAAGUCAGAAAACAAUGCACUGUCAAAUCUAACUACAUGGGACAUGUUUAUUUUAUGAUGCUAAAUUAGGCUGAAUUGGUAAAGCAAACAACAAUGUGAGUAUAUAUAACUUUAUUUUAUCAUGCUUUUUUUUUUUCUAACCAUGCACUGUUUUCGAUGAUGCAUUGAAAUUUUUAUCCCCCUACACUCAUGAGAUUAAUCCGAGGGAUGAGAGUACAUUCAUAGUUGGCUGAUGUCUUCUGUAUGUGUUGUUACUAUAACACUGGAAACUCCAUGUCCAGGAGAUGUAAACAUUUCUUAACUCUGAGGAAGACCUUUUUAUUUAUGAAUCAUGGCUGGUUUUUUUUUUUUUUUCAGACAGGGUCCAGUAAAUCUAAUGAAGACGAAAACUUCUCUGUUGUACUGUAACCAUAUUUAAUGUUAUCAUAUAUCUGUAUAUCAUGGAUUGGCUUUAUUAAAUGAUAAAACUGAU